CUCCCAGUGUAAAUCAGUUUCUCUGCGCACUGAGAGAUCAGCGUUCGCUAGAGGACGUACGCAGGGAAUUUAAACCCCCCGUACACAAACAUACAAGAAUCUUUAUUUAAUCACCAUAUUUUAAUAAUGUGUCAACACUGUAGCCAGCCGUAGGAGGAAGUUUGUCGGUUGUCUGUGGACAUUUUUCGCACUUUUGCGAGAAUAUGGCGGUGGAGCUGGUGGGGAAGCGGUGCCUGUGCGCGAGCGGCGGAGAGUCGCUGGAACUCGCGGGAGUCUCGCGCUGGAGCUGGAGAGCCGGAGUCAUUCGGGCGACCACCGACUCAUCUGCGCUAACGGUGUGUGUACACUGGGACGGUGAGCAGUGCGCAGAGAGGAAGUGGAGGAGACUUAGAGAAGAAUGUGAGGUGGUUUUGUUGGAGCAGGACCUUGUGUGGGCUGCCAAAAGAACCGGCACCGACAGCAGCAUUGUCAAUGAAAAGACAAGCCAGCAACCCGCCUUGAGAUUCCAACCUCUGAUUGGUCAGUCAUGUAUGGGAGGCGUGUCAGUGGUGGAGUUUAUCUCUGACAGACAGCUGGAAUUCUACACAGAAAAGGAGGAACUCCAGCAAUUCGAGGAAGAGGUGGACAUUGGAAAUCCAGCAGUGAGAGAUGAUCCGUCUCUGCAGGAAAAGGUCCAGGCCUGGCUCAGACAGAGACAUUUCCAGAACACUCUUCGGAAAGAUGCUUGUACUCUAAAUGGUCUGAGAGUGAAGGUGUUCAGACAAGACUAUAAAACUCAGUGGCUGUCUGGAUUUAUCACACAUUAUGACCAAAACAACAGAACAAUGUCUAUCAUGACUGACCAGAUUCGAGAGGUUGUGAAGGUAGAUCCGUUGCUGGUUCAGGUAAUGUUACUGGAUGAUGAUGCUCACUCUUCGCUGAUGGGAGAAAACUCAAAAUGCAAAUCUCAGAUCACCAAGAUCAACAGAGUUUUUCUUGGCUCAGGAAACAGAUCAAGUAACACUACAGCAACUGACCAGAUGUGCAACUCCAGGCCAGUGCAGCAGCAGUCUGAGCUGUGCAUACAGAACUGCGGCACAGAAGAAGAAAAAGACGUGAUAAGGGAGGAUAAGAGAAGUGAUGAAGAGAGAGGAGAUUUUUCCAAAUCCAGAAACAGCCAUGGUGAGAGGAAAAGGAAGAAAGAAGAGGAAGAGGAGAAAGAUGAAAAGGAGAGGAGAAUAUGUGAGUUGAAGAGGUUGAAAGCAGGCAGUGUGUCCGAUCUGUCUGAGAACAGCGAUUCUGAUUCCAGCUGCAGAUUGCAGGAUUCAUCCUCGGAUUUAGGAUCAAAGAGACAGCUGAAACAGCAUUACACUUUAAAGAGGCCUUUGGACUGUGAGGUGCACUCCUCCCACACAAACAUGGAACCUUCUCCAAGCCAAUCAGGAGAAAACAAUGGUCAGAAAUUGGAAAAAACUCAGUCCCAUUCCCCUAGACUUUCCGGCAAUGGUUUGUUCAGGAGCACACAAGCACCGGAAUGUACUGCUGGAAUUAGUGGUAGGAAAGCAGAGGAGAAAAGUGAUGGAGCCACAGCAGAAAUAGAGGACAGGAGUGAGGGUGCAUCUAGGGAGGACUCAGAAGCUGUGUCUGCACUUCUAGCAUCUCAAGAGAGUGAGCAGCUGGUCUCCAUGGAGACUACAUGUGUUCUUCUACACACAUCACCUCUGGAGUGCGAAGGAACUGAGGGGGAGCAGGAGAUGUCAACGUGUGAUCCGGAAAUCAGGGGCUCAGAGUUCACCCACAUGGAGGCGAGGGGGUCAGAUUUUAGCGAGUCUGUGGUCAGAAGAUCAGAACUGGCCCAUUCAGAGCCCAUUACAGCCAGCAGUGACUCCACAGCCUCUAUGGAAGAGCUGCAGAGAGGAACACCACCUCGUUCUCCUAUCAUACCUUGCAACAAAAAGGACAGUGUGGAUUCUAAAUCCAGUUGCUCUCCAGCUGCUAUAAACACAGAAAAAGGACCUGAUGUUUCCUUAGAGACUACGCAAAAGCUCAGUAUGCACAUCAGUCCUUGUCCACCUCCAAAGAUUUCACCUAAAACUCAAACUGUAAGAGAGAUGACUAGACAAAAACAAAGUGCAACGUCUGAGAUGGGCCUAUUAAAAGAGGGCUCUCCUUUAGCUAAGUCUGCCAUAGACUUAAAAAUGGCAACCAGUCCCAAAGUAACUUGCUUCAUAGCUCCAGUUCUGACCCAGACCUCUUCUUUAACCCCAACUCAAUACAAAACGCCACCCAAUUCUCCUCCCAGUACACCUAAUUGCAUUCCCACCCCUGAAAAAUCCACCAAAAGCCCCCUUAUUGUAGACAGGAAAGAGCCCUUUACCGUUUACAGAGACCCUGCACUAGUAAGGGCAGAGCUGGAGAACCACUCCACCUACAUCCAGCCCCCUCACACACCACCAAAUCCCAAACACAACAUUAAGACCCCAUCUCCCUCUUCUAGCUCCCCCAGUCAUACCCCCUCUUCUUCCCACAGCAAACUACUGAGUCCCUCCCCUCAUCCUGCACACCUCUCGCCCAUUCCUCUCCACUCCCAGGUUCCUCUCUGCUCCCUAAGCACACCCCAUUCCACCAUUCCUCAUCCGCACCUUCUCCCCUCCUUCCUGCCUGCACUCCCAUCUUCUGCUGCACUUUUAGCCGGCCAUUCUCGUAUGGGAGCUCUGGGCCUUCCCCACCAUUCUUUGACCCUUCCAGGCAACCCAUCUCUUUUGGGCCAGACCCCCAGCACAGCUCAUCUGGCAUCGCUUGGACUCUAUCCCCUCCUUUGGCCCUCUUUUCCUAACGGAGCUCACAGCUACGCUGGACUUGGCUUACCAGCCUCCAAAUGGGCACACCCUGACAGCCCUUGCAUCUCUGACAGCAAUGUGAGGAGGAACACACAAAGCCCUUGGCUUACUCAACCCACCCCUGUGACUGCAGAUGGGCAAGGAUUACAUUCCCCACUGCCAGUUCGACCCUCCAGCGCGGACCCUCAAAAAAUAUCCAGGAAUGCUCAAUCUUCCACACCCACUUCUAAAACCACAGAAGAGUUAGAGAGAAGAGUCGUCAAUAAUAGUCCAAGCUCCAUACACACUCACCUCAAAUCUGAGCAGGAACGGGUCCGUGUAACAGUGGGGAAAAAUGGCCUGGCAUACUGCCCAGUUGCCCUAGAGUCACCCCCCAAUCGAACCACACAGCCACUUGUUGUUUACGAUCUUACAGGUGAGAGGCCCAACCGCUACCAAGAAGAGAACCGCCGUAUUCUUCAGGAGAGCAUUGACGUAGCACCCUUCACUGCUAAACUGAGCUCGGAUAGGGAACAGCGAUACCCUAGAAGCCCUAUCUCUGCUUUUCCUGCUAAAGAGAAGGAGAUUGAGAGGGAGAGAGAACGAGAGGGAGACAGAGAGAGGGAUGUUCAUGCAUUCAGACACGCUCUGCCUCCCCGGCCACAGUCAGCCCAUCCCACCCCUACCCUCACUCAGAACAGCUACUACACAUCUUUGUCUAACAGCGUGGAGAACAAGCCUCCACAGCGACGAGCCCCAGCAAGUAAAGAACUCUAUGAGAGACUCAGUGCCAACAACACUAUUGCCUCUGUCAUGACCCCAUCCAAUACACAGAACUUAAUCAAAGUCAGACCUCCACCUCUAGUACAAAGCCACCACGAGAGAGAAGAAGGUCUUCUUGGAAAGAUCACAGAGCAACUUGCUCAUAAAGCCUCUUCCCUGGAACCGGUUGAUGUAGGGGCUAUGGAAAGGAGAGGAUCAGGUUCGUCACUCAUUUCCAUCACGUCUUCCACCCGCAGCGUGCCCUUACUUCACCGAGCCCCUAUUUUCCACCCUCCAGCACCACUGAUGGCUCCCAAAGACUCUGGACAUGGAAGAUUGUCCCCACCUACCCUCACACCCAUUCAGCCAAUGAGUUUGUCUGGUAAAGCUCAGAAGCAGCAGAGGCCGCCCACUUUGAUGCCUGAACUUAAACAUGGUAUGGUAGAUGGGAAGAGGCCUGUGGUUGAAAAAGUGGCAAUGAUAUCACCAGCUUAUAAUGCACAAAGGGGUGGAGUGUUGCACAGUCAAGAUAAAGAGCCUGGAGGGCACACAAAUGGUGGUGUGGUCAGACCACAUUCAGCGACUGCAUCAGUCAUUGUUAGAUCAACAAGCCAACUGCACACAACAAUAAAUUACACAGUCUCCGACAGUGGCAUUUCACAGAUGCAUUGUGGUCACAUGAGACCCCUGGAAGGUCUGUCCAACCCUAAAGAUGGCAGUGUUCAACAAAAGAGAGGGGUCCUGUGGACACCUCUGGAUACUGUUCAUCCUAUCAACAUGACUACAAAGGGGGAUCUCAGCACGCCCAUAAACAUGACCACUAAACCUAAUAACAACCAAGUUCAGUCAAGUUGCUCAGUGAUGCACCCCUUAGCAAACUUGGACACCACGCACUCUAGAAAAUACUUAGUUGCAGAACACUGUAAGAGGAAAGAGGUUGUGGCUGUUCAACCAAAGAUCGAGCCCUCUCCCUCCUCUUGUUGCUCUUCUAGAGACUUUCCUUAUCUGAAGAAACACAGAGCUGCUGUCGAAUCAAGACUUAACACACAUACAAUCCAGUCUCAAUACACUACACAUUCUUCAGAUGCUAUAAAACAUGUCUCACACCCUCCAAAUAGUGGAUUUGGGUCUUACACUACACCCACUACACCCACUGUUUGUCCUGCACAUGCUUUAGAAAAAGAUAAAAAUACAUUUUUUAACCCUAUUCCAUCUAAAUGUCCCAGACUGGCAACAGGGACUUCCAGCCCUGUACCCAUAAACAAACAAAGCUCAGUCGCCAAUGAGCAGCCAACUGCCUCAGCCUUAACCAACCAAUCAUCUCAAUCAAGUCAGAGCAACUACCACAAACUGAAGAAAGCCUGGUUGACUCGUCAUUCUGAGCAAGACAGAGACAGUUCAACCUUCCAAGCAGGAGAUGCCACCAAGACAGUUAUAAGCAAUGCAAUGAGCACCUCCAUUCCUAUCAAACAGGAAAUGAAUGGACUGGUGAACAACUGGUCCAGUCAGGAUGACAAAGAUUCCUCCAUAGACAGCAGAAAGUCCAAAAUACUGAACGGAAAGUAUACUUUAGAGGACAAGAAGUCUACUCAAGACAACAGAAAAACCAUUGCAGAGAACAAGAAGUUUAAUGGUAAUGCUAUAGGUUCCAAUUCAGAGGAUAAGAAACCUGUAAUGGCCAAUGAUAAAUCAGUGACAGCAGGCAAAAAGUCGUCUUUGGAAGACGUUAAGCCUGUGUUGGACGGAAAUGACAAGCUGGAGGCCAAGGACUCCACCCCUAGAGACAAGUCUAAUGAUAAACGUUCAACCCAGGUGCAUAUGAGUCAUGAGAAACAUGGGGAGAAACGAUCGUUCCAGUUUAGCGACGACAGCGAGAAUGGAGGGGAAUCUGGCAACGAGAGUGAGACUGGUGGAUCAGGACAGAAGUUUAAACGCCAGUCCAAGCCCUCCUUAAAACUGAGGCAGAAUGACCAUCAGAAGAAAAAGGAAGAGACUAAACUUGAGGAGGUAGAGGAAGGGGAGGAGGAGACCAAACACAAUGGAACUUUGCAAAGUUCAAAGGACAAGAAUCAACAGAGGCUGUCUAACAGCAAUGGCAUCCCUCGCUCUGUGCUAAAAGACUGGCGAAAGGUGAGGAAGCUUAAGCUAACUGGAGAAGCAUUCUUACAGGAUGACUCAUGUGGUGAGAUUGGCCCCAACGUGCAAAAGUGCAGAGAGUGCCGUGUCGAUCGUUCGCGCAAAGCCCAGGAGCCUGUCAUCUCGCCUGUCUUUUGCCGAUUUUACUACUUCAGGCGUCUGUCAUACAGUAAAAAUGGCGUUGUCCGUGUGGAUGGGUUUUCCGUGUCCGAACAGACAGAUGAGGAGGCGGUUACAGUGUGGACGGGCAGAUCAGAGGACGAGGAGGACAGGAAGAGAAAAGAGAUGGACCUUGAAACAUCAAAAUAUGUCCUGAAGCUCAUCGGAGACAAGUUCUGUCAGCUCGUAAAAACUGAGAACACUGCUGUCACCUGGGUCAAGAAAGACACUCAGGUCAUGUGGAAGCGAGCAGUGCGGGGUGUAAGGGAGAUGUGUGAUGCGUGUGAGGCCACUCUUUUCAACAUGCACUGGGCGUGUCACAAGUGUGGCUUCGUGGUGUGCAUGGACUGUUACAAAGCCCGUGAGAAGAGGAAAGCAAAAGAUAAGGAGUUGUAUGUUUGGGUCCGGUGUGUGAAAAAUCAGCCACAUGACUUGAAGAACCUAAUGCCUACUCAGAUCGUCCCAGAAACAGUGUUAGCAGACAUGCAGAGCUCUAUGCACUCGAUAAGGGAAACAAAUGGGAUCCCGUCCCACUGUUCCUGCAUUGACAGCAAAACCCUCAACCCCGGCGUGGCCACUACUAACGGGCUCUCACCAUUUUCAGACAAAGAUCAGAGUGAUUUGAAGAGUCUUGAGAUCUCAGAUCAGCAAAAAAACGCACAGCACGGUGCCCUGAGAAUGCACCAGGAGAGAAAGGAUUGUGACACUGUGAAAGCUCACAAGAAGAAAUCCACCAGUCCAGAACAAGGAUCAACACUGCGUGACCUUCUGACCUCCACAGCUGGAAAGUUACGCCUUGGGUCCACCGGAGGUGCAUUUGCACCAGUUUAUGAUUCCUCUGAACAGGUGGCCCAAAACAUUCGUAUGCCCAACAUCCUAGAUGACAUAAUCGCUUCUGUAGUAGAAAAUAAGAUUCCUGCCACAAAAAUGGCCAGGUUGGGCAUGAUUCAGGAUUUGGUGAAAGAGGAGGAAGUGGGUCAACGGCCAGAGGGCGUGAAGUUUGAUGAAAGCCCAUUGGCUGAUCCCAACACCACUGUCCCUCACGAUUGGCUGGGAAACCACCGGCUGCUUUGGCUCAAAGAUCACCGUCACCAAGGCAACCAAAGACUGUUCAAUGAGAACUGGACACAAGCACAGCCCGUGCUAGUGUCCGGAGUGCACAAGAAUCUGAAUGGUAGCCUAUGGAAGCCUGAGCACUUCAGCCGUGAGUUUUCUAGUCUCCACAGUGACCUCUACAACUGCAGAGAUGGAAGUGUUACAAACUCCAGGGUCAAGGAUUUUUGGGAUGGUUUUGAGGAUGUGUCAAAAAGGCCAAAGUCUGCAAAGGGGGACCCGGUGGUGUAUAGAUUGAAGGACUGGCCAUCAGGGGAGGAGUUUUUAGCCCUUAUGCCUGCUAGAUAUCAUGAUGUGAUGAAGACUUUGCCGGUACCGGAGUACACAGACCCAGAGGCUCACCUGAACUUGGCCUCCCACCUGCCCUCCUUUUUUAUUCGCCCUGACCUUGGUCCUCGCCUCUGCUGCGCCCACGGUGUAACAGCAUGCCUAGAGCAAGACUUCGGGACCAGUAAUCUACAUGUUGAAAUCUCUGAUACCAUGAGUAUUCUAGUAUAUACUGGUGUGGCCAAAGGAAAUGGGGCUCCAUCCAAAACAGGUGUUUUAAAGCUUUUAGAAAAGGAAGUUCUGGAUGAGAGUGUUAAGAAACGACUAAGAGACCCAAAUGAGACUCCGGGAGCUCUGUGGCACAUCUACAUGAGUAAAGACAUGCAGAAGAUCCAGGAGUUUCUUCAAAAGGUCGCUGCAGAGCAGGCUGAGGCAGAUCCAGAGGCAGACUCAGACUCAGAGUGGGAAGCCGAUCCAGACCCCCUGCGUGAAGGUGGCUGGUAUUUAAGCCCCAGGUUGAGACAGAGGCUGCAGGAAGAACAUGGCGUGGAGAGUCGUACACUCCUGCAGUUCCAUGGAGAUGCUGUUAUAAUCCCUGCUGGAUCACUGCACCAGGUGAUGAAUCUGCACAGCUGCAUCCAAGUAAAUGUGGACUUUGUUUCUCCUGAACAUGCGCACAACUCCUAUUACCUAACCCAGGAACUCCGCCCACUCAAAGACCAAGUGAACUAUGAAGACAAACUCCAGGUGAAGAACAUAUUCUACCACUCUGUAAAAGAUGCUGUGGCCACAGCAAGGAAGCAUUUAAAGGAGAACAACAAUGAGGAGGUAAAAGAGGAGUCCUGACAGUGUCCCUACUCCUUUGUCCAAACACAUGGAGCAUAAAGACAAUCCUCUUAGCUUUGAUACCAACAAGAAGCACCACUCGUGGUUCUCUCUAAGGUUCUGUCACUUCCUCUAUGAUGUCAACGUCUUCUCUUUGAUUCUAUUCUUUUGUUUCCCCCUUGUGUCUUCCUGCAUGGACAGGAAGUAAGGUUGGGGUACAGAAAGAUGAAAGUAGUACACUGUGCUCUCGAGGCAGGUGCAAUUGGUCCUUCACUUUCAAGUGCUACGGUCACUUUUCGCACAUUCUAAACUAUAGAAAACUUUUGGACAGAACAGAUUUUUUUCCAAAGGUAAUAAUAAUUCAUGGCACGUCCUUAAUUAGUAGUUUUGCGCUGCAAAGUGUCCACCAUACUGUCAUGCUGUGAUAUGGACAGUUGGAGAAAGCAGCGAUUCCAUCCCAAUCAGAGCAUCAUUCCAUCAUCUCAGCAGCUGCCAAACUGACAGACUUGAUUAUAUAUUAAAUUAUUUACAGUUUGGCAAGUAUUCACUGUGCAGAAGAAGAAUAUUAAAGAAAUGCAGUUUAUCUAUGUUUGCGUAAAAAAAAUCUUGUGAAAAUUUCAGCUGAAAAAUGUAAUGUGUAAAUAGCAGAAUAUACAUAUAUAUAAAUAUAUAAAGAUUUUAUAUAACAUGGUGUGCUUUAUUUGCUGUAUGUGUUGUUUGCUACUGUAUGUACAUUGAAGUUAAAGAGGUGUUUUACAUUUUCCAUUAAAAGUGUAAUAAUUUAAA